CCGGUGCUGCGAUGGAGAAUGGAGAGCAGGAAGCUCAUGGGGUGCAAAAGCCUGGUUGUAAGCUGUCCGCCGGGGAACAGAUCUCAUUGCUGCGCCCAGAGCCCCAGGGAGAGGUGCGCUCACACUCACUGGACCAGCAGCAGCAGGCCUUGGCUACAGACUUCUUGUCAGCCUCCAUGGCAGGUUUUUCAGGCCCUCUGGGCUCUCAGACCAGCCCUGCCCAAAUGAUGGAUGCUGGCAGUAUUGAAGCUUUUUCAGAUUUCCCCCAGCCUGGCGGCAAGGCGGUCAAUGUGGGGGCUGCACCCCUCUCAGCAGAGAGAACUCCAAGUAUAGCAGAACCCCAGCACCCCACACCCCCAAUGGGUUCAGAAGUCCCUAAAGGGCACAGCCCCAUGAUGCCCGAACCCCAGCCUCCUCGCAGCCCUCUGGAUUUGUCAGCAGUAAAAUCGGACAAGAUGGAGAAGGCAGAGAUUGGAGAGAAGAUGGAGGACAAUGUAAAGAAGGUGGACCUGUUCGAUCCUCUGGAUAAAGAUGAGCGUAAAAGCGUGAAGGUGGAAUUCAGUGAUACUCCAGCAGAGAAAGAGAUGGAGAAGGAAAAACAAACGGAGACACAAAAAGAGAAGGAGAGAGAGGACGAAAUAAAGGGGGAAGAAAAGGUUAAAGCAGAGAAAGAGACCGACAAAGUGAAGGUGACAGAGGCAGAAAAGGUGAAGGAGAAAGAGGACGAAAUAAAGGGGGAAGAAACGGUUAAAGCAGAGAAAGAGACCGACAAAGUGAAGGUGACAGAGGCAGAACAGCUGGAAGAAAAAAGAAAGGCAGAGAAAGUGGAGCCAAUGCCACAGAAGGAGAAAGAGGAUAACACGAACAAGGUUGAAGAAUCACCAGAUAGAUUGGCAAAGACAGCUAAAGACGACAAGACAGAGAAAGUAAAGGUGACAGAAGCAGCAGAGAGGAAAGGAGAAGUGACAGAGAAUGUGGACAAAAAUGAAAAGUCCAAAAUGGAAGAGAAGACCGAGAAUAAAAACACAGAGAAGAAUGAGAAAACCGAGAUGAAGGAUGGCAAAGAGCAGCAGAUGGACAACAUGGAGAAGACCCCAGAACAACUGCAGACACCCGACCAGCUGGAGAAGGAGGCUGACGUGGAGACAAAGACGUCCCUUGAGGUGGAAGAGACCAAGAAAGAAGAGGCAGACAAAGCCAAGAAGACAGAAAAAGACGACAAGGUAGAAACACCAACGAAGAAGAGCGAUAAGGAAGAGAAGCAGGUCAAAAUACAGGCCAACAAGAAGGUUCUGGAGAAAAAGGAUGACAAGAAGGACAAGACUGCAAAAACAGAUGUAGGAGACAAGGCCAAAAAAGCAAAACCUGCAACGAAUGGAAGCAGCACCCCACUGAGCAGAGACCUGGCAGACAAGAAACCCAAGCCUGCUGUCGGGGCAACCAAACUGAGCGCAGCUGCUAAAACACGCCCAAGUCCAUCGGCUACUGGUGGUCCACUCACAGCCACUCCUAAGCGCCCUUCAUCCUCCUCCACCAGCACCUCCAUCUUAGAUAGAAAAACAGCCAAGGCACCAACCACAGCAGCUGUUGGUGCAAAGCGGCCCUCCACCACUUCCACCAGCCGCCCUGCAUCCUCCAUUUCCACCACUGCACGUGAUGUCAGGCCCAAGACAACCACAGAGAGGCGCCCCCUUGUGCCAAAGCCUAGCACUGCCUCCUCAACAGGCUCCACAACUGCCACCAAAAAUGGAACUGCUACCACAGCAGCCAGUAAAACUGCUUCAUCAGUGCGCACGGCAGCGUCUCCUCGCACCGUUCCUACCACCGCAGCCAGAAAGCCUCUGGCCUCCAAGACAGACAGCAAACCAGGAGAGGAGAAGAAGCCUGGCACUGUGAAGACAUCUGCAGCCAACCCCACCAAGCCCAAGACCACCACCACCACCACCACCUCCACCACCCGCAGCACUACUUCCACCCUCGCUGCAUCUCGCACCCGACCCACAGCAACCAAACCGGCGCCCCCCUCCUCCUCCACCACUGGCACAGCACCAGAGAAGAAGCCCUUGGUGCCGCGUACCUCCCGGACCACUUCCUCAACUACUACCACCACCACCACCACCUCCACCUCUAGGACCGCCGCCCGCCCCGGGACAGCCCCGGCCCCCGACAUUCGUAACGUCCGCUCUAAGAUUGGCUCCACUGACAACAUGAAGCACCAGCCUGGAGGAGGGAAGGUGCCAUCUGCCUCUCAGAGCAGAGGCGUCCUCUCCAAAGAUACAAGCCAAGGCAAAGUUCACAUUGUAUCCAAAAAGCUGGACUUUAGCCACGUCUCCUCACGGUUGGGCUCCAAGGACAAUAUGAAGCAUGUUCCUGGUGGAGGGAAAGUGCAGAUUCUCAACAAGAAGGUGGAUCUGAGUAAGGUGACAUCAAAGUGCGGCUCCAAGGACAACAUCAAGUACAAGCCUGGCGGUGGCGUUGUAAAGGUCGAGUCCCACAAGGUGAGCUUCAGGGAAAAGGCCAAAGUGGGCUCCAUGGACAACCUGAGCCAUUCCCCUGCUGGAGGAGACAUGAAGGCGGAGGGAGCCCAGGACCGAGCAGAGGGGAACGGGACCCCCAUGAGCGGCAGCGCAGCCCCAGGCCCGGAGCCGGGGCAGGAAGGGAGCCCUGCUGCCCGGGAGAAUGGUCUGAAGGAGGGGCCCCCCUGUGAUAAUGAGGGUCUCCAGGCUCUGGACGCACACAUCCCAGAGACAAAUUGAGUGUUUUCAAGCUCAACUUCCGCGAGAAUGCUCGCUCUCGCACGGACCACGCCGCCGAAAUCAUCACCUGGCAGCCCCCCCCCCAGGACGACAACAGACCCCAACCUGCACGGUUCCUCCCAUUCUCUACACCACUACCACCACCCGACCCCUCCAUGAUGAGGUCCAGCAGCAGCUCCUAAAGGGAUCUUUUCCUUUCACUCCCCCAUCCUGGAAAACUCUUAGAUAUGUCAUUGGAAAUGUUUUAAUCUGCCGUUCUGCCGUAGUUCUGUCGCUCUAGUAUAAACUCCAUGUUCUCAUGCCUCCUCUCUCACAUCUGAGCUCAUCAUCUUGCCCCUCUAUAUUUGGCUGAAGUGACUUUAAAGACUUGGGCCUCUGUGGGAAUCUAUGUGGAGGGAAAAGAGGAUAACGUUUUCUCAAAUAUUUGGUUCUCCAAGUUGAACUGGAUCCAUGGUUGUCACUCACAUCCUUUCCCCCCCACAGCCUGGGCGUGUACUCUUACCCUCCAUCCUCUCACGCACCAAAUAAGUAGCGAUUACUUCAACUGAGCAGCAUGGAAACCCUCUUGGACUCACCUGUUGGCUUCUGUCAAACACAUAGCUUCUCCUUAGUGUCUGCUUUAAUAACAUCAUAGUAAUUCAUCUCAUCUGCUUAGUCACUUCCUCUCUUCUCAUUACCAUAAACAAUAAAAGCUAGACAACAAGUAGGCUGUUUGAAUCCUUUUAGGCUGUAGCUAACUCUCUUCUCUGUGUUUGUGAUGAUGUGUUUGAGUGACAAAAUGGUGUAAAAAUGAGCUUUGGUGUACUGUUCGGAUCUUAUUUCUGUCUUUCUCAAGGUUUCUUUCCUUCUAGUUUCUUGAUUUUAAACAAGUUUAUAUUUAUUUAUUGUACGUCUCUUCCUGCGUAAGCAAUACAGUGGCCGUUUUUUUUCUUUUCCAAUAGCACUCUGAAAAUCUUGGAAACACGCACAGGUUUUUGUAAACAAAGACACACAUUAAGGAUAGAGAGAAAGAAAGUAGGAAAAGAGGUGUUGCUAGGAGGCUGAAAAGAUGCAUUUGAGGUGUGCUUUGCACGUGGAAACCUGAACGUUUUUCAAUUGCAAUUGAGAAAGUUUGCUAAAGUAUAGCUUUAACUAAGCAUGCAGUCCAGAGGGACAUGAGGACGAUGUCUAAAUGUCUCUGAGGUUAAAGGAGCUGUGUGUCUUGUAUGUGCCUCCUGUCCUUCUUACCUGAAAAGAAAUGAGGAUGAUGCAGGCUCACGCCUAACACUGCUUAGACAAAGAAAUGAUGAUAGUUCACAAAACUGACAUAAAACGUUACGGUUAACCUGCUUUUAAGGACGUUCUUUAAAUCAAGCUGUCCUGGUAGUAGUAAUGGUUGUUGUUCAAUAUCAGGUGUUUCUAUAAGGGUUAUGGUAGCAUGUUGUUUGACUCUAGCUGAAUAUAAACAUCUCAAAUAACUGUUCAGCACUUUCCUUCUUUGAGUAUUGGCAGUGGAACAUGACGUGGCUUUAUACUCUUCUCUUGUAGCAAUGUAUUCAACUGAUUGCCUUUAUAAUGCAUGGUCAGAUUAUACUGGAGAUGAAAGCCUUUGUGUAUUAAGACUCAAAGUGUUGUGGUUUGGUACCAUAUGUAUAACUCGGGGCAAACUUAGAUAGCUGACGUGUUGUAACUCAAAUUGUGAUUUUGAACAGUGAUGGAGAGGAAGAGCUAGUUUCUGAUGGUUGUUGUUUCAUCAUUAAUUCUACCACAGAUUUGUAUACAGUGACAGCAUGGCUCCAACUUACUAAAAUAAAUGAAAAAAGUUUUGAUUAUAUUAGAAGUAUUUUAGUUCAGCGAUGUAUCACGUACAAAAGUCAUGGUAAAACUUGUCAGACAUAACUGCAUCACUACUCUGCUCAGUUUUGAGUAUAGUAAGUGUAUGGCUGUGUAUUAUCAGGAAUUUUGAAACAUUUUUGCUACUGAACACAAAAUAUAAUCUCUUGAACCUUGCAUCAUUUUUAGGGGGCAACUUGGGGACAGCCCAAAGAAGCUGUAAACACAAAAUAUACAUUUCAUGAUGUAUGUUUUUCUGUUUUAACAUCCAAUAGACGGAGAGCAAAAUAAGCAUUUAUGUUGAAUGUAAGUCCAAUAUUCCCUCUCCACUAACUCCCUAGUGAAGUAUGGCUCUUUAGUUGCAAAAAGUGACAUUAAGCUAAUUAAUCUGAUAAUAAGUAAAGAUUUUGAGUCAGAACAACCGAUGAUGCAAACUUUUGCUUUGACUUUUUGUUAUCUGUAGUAUGGACACAUUGCAUGUGUCUUCAUUCAAAUUCUUCUGACGCAUUCGAGAAAUGUGCUAAAUACCAAAGCUCAUUUUGACUGCCCUUUAGGGAAAAAACACAGUUUUCUUAUCCAAAUUGUCACUUAGAAAUUAGAAAGGGGCCACUGAAGUGAAAGAAUGUCUUUUGAGAUAUAUUGUACUAAAGACACAACACUUUUGUAUAUGUAUUUAUCGUUGUGUUCCUGUAGCCUUGUGGUGGUUGUGCUCUCAUUGGUUGAAGGGAUUAUAAUUAAGAUGUGUAACAGCCAGUUUCACAAACUGUGUUCUUGAGUUUCCCCAAGGAUUUGCACAACAAGAUUUGAACCCCAAUACAUAACUUACAAAGUCUUCAAAAAUCGCAUUAAAUCUGAUGUUUUCAUUAUUGCGCUGUAAUGGCAACUUGAUUUAGAAACAUUGUACUUGCAACCAUUAUUACAAGUUUGUUUUUUUACUACAUAUGCAGUGGGCAAUUAUGCCAACACACUAUUAAACCAUGCAACAAAGCGCAAGCCCUGUCUUAAGAUAUAAUAAUAAUUUUGGGAAUACCUGGCUAACUUCUCUUUCAGGACCUAUAGAGGUUCAUAUGAUAAAAGAACCUAGCACCUGAAACACAUGACACUGUACAGUAUAUGACAGUGGGCAAAGGGAAUUUGUUGAUGAAGCAGGCACUAAGUGUAGCGGUAGAUGUGUAGGCCUGUGAUUUAGUAGUACUUCAUAUCAAACAUAAUGGCUGCUACAUAUAGCACUCAAAAAGCAGCAACCUGCCGAGGAGAGACACACACACCUAACACAUCCUUAUCUAAGGUUAACUACCCGUAGUUUCCGGAUUUUGCUUUUGUAAUAAAUGCUCCUCAGUAUUCUAUCCAAGGAGCGUUGUAGAUCUUCAUGUACCGCCACUGCACUCAUGCAAGAGUAACACUAGCUAAUACACACGUGCUGUACCUGCAGAGCAUGCUGAAAAACAACAAUGGGGUGUGUUAGGUAGACUUUCUAUGUCAUUUGCAGAACCUCCUCAUUGUUUUUUGGUGUUUUUUGUUUUGUUCAUUCAUUUGAAUUUCAUUUUUUGGUUUGGAAAACAGUGUUUUUUGUGAUUACUUGUUGAUUAGUGAUGUGAUUAUUGAACAUGAAAUAAAAAUAAACUAAAAC